AGCCGCGAGCAGCGAUCACUCCUCAUUUAAAAGUGUGUUUCCGUGGAGCGCGGACCUACACCGAGCUACUCUGACACUUUUAGCCGCAGUCGGUUUGCGGUCUCACGGCCAUGGCCUCCAUCACUUGCCGGGUCCAGUAUCUGGAGGACUCGGAUCCGUUCAUCUGCACAAACUUCCCUGAACCUCGGAGACCUCCGACGGUGAACCUGGAGGAGAACCUGCCGCUCAGUGAGCAGAUCGCCGGGAUACACAAGCUGCUGGAGGCGCCGCUGAAGCUGGAGGAAUGCACCCUUCAGUUGUCUCCCAGUGGAAACUAUCUGGACCUGGACUCGUCUCUGGCCGAGCAGAGGGAUGAGCUGGAGAUCUUCUAUGAAGAUGUGGCAAAAGGAAAGAAACCCAUUCUGAUCCUGAGGACUCAGCUCUCUGUUCGUGUCCACUCCAUCCUCGAGAAGCUGUAUAACUCUCAUGGUCCGGAGCUCAGACGGUCUCUCUUCUCUCUCAAACAGCUCUUCCAGGAUGAUAAAGACCUUGUUCCAGAGUUCGUGGCGUCUGAAGGUUUGACAUGUUUCAUUAAAGUUGGAGCAGAGGCCGACCAUAACUACCAGAACUACAUCCUGAGAGCUCUCAGUCAGAUCAUGCUGUUUGUGGACGGGAUGAACGGAGUGAUAAACCACAGCGAGACGGUGCAGUGGCUCUACACACUGACAGGAAGUCUGUCCCGUCUGGUGGUGAAAACAGCUCUGAAGCUGCUCAUCGUGUUUGUGGAGUAUUCAGAGUCCAACAGUCCUCUGCUCAUCAACGCUGUAAACACAGUGGACGAACAGAGAGGUAUGAAACCGUGGAGUUACAUGAUGGACAUCCUGGAGGAGAAAAAUGGCUCCGACACAGAACUGCUCAUGUUCGCCAUGACACUCAUCAACAAGACUCUGGCGGUGCUCCCAGACCAGGACUCGUUCUACGAUGUGACAGACAGUCUGGAGCAGCUGGGGAUGGAGACCAUCAUCCACAAACACAUGAACAACAAGGGGACGGAGCCUGACCUCCGAACUCAGUUCACCAUCUAUGAGACAGCUCUGAGGUACGAGGAUGGAGAUGUGGACGACUCCUCCCCUCACCUCCGCAAAGAGAGAAGAAAGAUGGCCACCGGUGAUCAGGAGGGACGAAAGAGCCGCCGCACAUCCAGUCAAAAUCUCCCCGACCUCCUGUCCUCCUCCGCGGGCUCCUCCCCCUCCACCUCCCCCCUCCCUCCUGCCUUCCUCUCCCCUUCCACCACUGCCAACAACCCACUCUCCCCUGCCAUCUCCUCCGCCUCCUCAACCAGUCCCACGGCCGGGCUCAGCAGCAGGGCCUCGUCCCCGCUGACCUCUGACGCCGGCAGCCCCGCCUCCAGUCCGUCCGGAUCCCAGAGAGGGUCUCCCGUGCCCCCUCACACCGCCCCCAACGGUACCAUGACCACAGAGCAGGAGACGAAGACACCGUCCAGCCCGAGUCGCUCUUUCCUCAGCCACCACAUGUCAGCUCUGGGUCUGAGCAGGAAGUCCAGGCUCUUCUCCAAAACCAGCUCCAUCUCUGAGGAGCCUUCAGCCGCCUGCAGCUCGCCCUCCUCCCCCUCCGACGCCUCUCUCCAGGAGAAGUCGUCCCAGUCGAACCCAGAGCAGUCGGGAACCAAGACAGAGACUAAAACCGGUUUCAACUCUGGGGAGGCCGACUGGCUCUUCUGCCCAGAUGACUGUAAUGUAAAUCAGGACAAGCCGGUUCUGAAGAGGUUUGAAGGUAAUUUCCUUCGUAACCUGGCAGCCACACAGUGGGAGAAGAAGAGAAGGAGUAAACACCUCAGCCAGUCCAGGCUGUCCUCGUCUGAUGACCUCAUAACCCCGGGCCCACAGCUAACAGCGGAGGAGGGCAGGGGCGUCCCAGCUGCAGAGACGUCGCUUCACACAUCCAGCAGUUCAGACCCAAACGGACUCUCAGACUCCCAGAAUGACCCAGCAGCAGCAUCGUCUGUGCAGCGUCAGUGCAGCACGCUUUCUAACGACAAGAAGUUCCUGCUGGACAUGCUCUACUCCAAGACGGCCGCCGCAGCGCCUCUGAGCCCGACGGCCGCUGCUCCCGACACCACCGAGGAAGAAGGGAACUUCCAGUCUGGUGGUGGAGAUCUGGGUGGACGGGGUCGUGUGUUGGAGCGUCUGUCCAGCUUCAAAGCACGCUCGGCGGAGUCCUCCGGCUCCAGUGAGAGCAGCGCCUCUCGCAGGGCGGAGCUGGAGGGGCUGGAAGGCUCCGCCCAGGCAGCACUGGCCAGACUGGCUGAAGAACGGCAGCAGAACCGUCACCUCCGGCAGCAGAGCAGCAUCGAUGUGGAGAGCCACGCCCGCCGCCUGGAGACGACCCAGAUGACCCCGCUGGGCCCUGGGGGCCCCACUGACGCCUGGGACCAGCUGCAGCCAAGCGCCGCCGCACUGCGCAUCAAAGACCUGGACUUCUCCGACCUGUUGGACGAGGAGGACAUCGACGUCUUGGACAUGGACACCUUCGACUCCUCUUCCUCCUCCUCCUGCUUCUCUGGCAUCCCUCCCCCUCCUCCUCCUCCCCCAGGCCUGGCUGGUGGUCCUCCUCCUCCUCCUCCUCCUCCCCCACCUCCUCCACCCGGCGGUCUGGCUCCUCCACCACCUCCUCCCCCUCCACCAGGCGCUCCUCCUCCUCCCCUCUUCUCGUCCUCAGCAGCGGCGGUGUUCGCUCAGAAGAAGAAGAAGACGGUGAAGCUGUUCUGGAAGGAGCUGAAGCAGGCGGACAGACCUCAGAAGUGUCGCUUCGGUCGGGGGACGGUGUGGGCGUCUCUGGACAAGGUGGCUGUGGACACUGCCCGACUCGAACACCUGUUUGAGUCUAAGGCCAAGGAGCUCCCCGUUGCCAAGAAAGGACCUGAGAUGAAAAAGUCAGAGAUUCUGGUUCUGGAUCCAAAGAGGAGCAACGCCAUCAACAUUGGUAUGACUGUGCUGCCAGCCGUCCACGUCAUCAAGACUGCCAUCCUCAACUUCGACGAGUUUGCCAUCAGCAAGGAGGGGAUAGAGAAGAUCCUGACCAUGACCCCCACAGAGGAGGAGAAGCAGAAGAUCCAGGAGGCUCAGCUGGCCAAUCCUGACGUCCCUCUGGGCACGGCGGAGCAGUUCCUGUUCAGCCUGGCCUCCAUCAGCGCCCUGACCCCCCGCCUCCAGCUCUGGGCCUUUAAACUCAACUACGAGGCUCUGGAGAAGGAGAUCGCAGAGCCGCUGUUUGACCUGAAGCUGGGCAUGGAGCAGCUGGCCUCCAAUCAGACCUUCAGGAGAAUCCUGGCGACGCUACUCGCCAUCGGAAACUUCCUCAACAGCUCCAACGCUAAAGGCUUUGAGCUGGGUUACCUGGAGAAGGUGGUGGAGGUGAAGGAUACAGUUCACCGUCAGUCUCUCCUGCAUCACACCUGCAACCUGGUGGUGGAAAAUUACCCAGAAUCCUCGGACGUCUACUCUGAAAUUCCCGCCAUCACCCGCUCCGCCAAAGUGGACUUUGAGCUGCUCUCAGAGAACCUGGUCCAGCUGGAACGACGCUGCAAAGCAUCAUGGGACAACCUGAAGGUGGUGGCCAAGCAUGAAACCAAAGCUGUGCUGAAGAACAAGAUGACGGACUUCCUGAAGGACUGCACACAGAGGAUCAUCAUCCUGAAGGUUGUCCACAGGAGGGUCAUCAACAGGUUCCACUCCUUCCUGCUGUUCCUGGGUCAGCCGUCCUCCUCGGUCAGAGACAUCAAAGUCACCAGUUUCUGUCGGAUCAUCAGUGAGUUCGCGCUCGAGUAUCGCACCACCAGAGAGCGAGUCCUCACCCUCAAACGAAAACGAGCCGCUCACCGAGAGAGAACCAAGACCAGGGGCAAGAUGAUCACCGAGACGGAGAAGUUUUCGGGAGCGGUGCCUCGUCCAGACAGUCCCUCCCCAGUCUCCCAGGCGGCGGAGGCAGAUGCGGGUCAGGAGGAGGAACACGAGAACAUGAAGAACCUGCUGAUCAGCAACAACAACAGUCUCAGUGCUGACCAUAGAGGCCUGAGACGCUCCAGAGCCGUCCGCAGUAUGGGCAGGGUGAGUCCGUCUCAGAUGACUAUAGCCAAAGAGGACGGGACCAGCUCCCAGGAUGACGCCACAGAUGAGAUCAUGGACCGACUGGUUAAAUCCGUUACCCAGAAUCCGUCAGACAGAGCAUCCAGUCCCAAGACCCGAAAGCGGUCCAGACUCAACAGGAAGUCAUUGAGGAGGACUCUGAAGAGCGGUCUCAGUCUGGACGUGGUUCAGGCUCUGGGACUCAAUAACAAGACCGGAGACAAAGUCUGAGCAGAGACUCAAACGGAUCGAUUGAUUGAUCAAUCAGCGAACACUACGUAUCAGUUAGAAGAGACUGAGCUCAGACCAGCUGAGAGAUUCUCUGAAUCUUCCUGUGUUUGGUUUCCUGUGGGAGGAGGGUUGUCGACCUGCUCUCUGAUUCAAACUGAACAAACUUUAUUCUCUGAACUAUUUGGACAGAAAUGUUUGACAGUUUCCUCACAACUGUGUCUGAAUGUGACACAAAGGAAAACAAAUUGAGCUGAGCGAUAAAAAGGAAAAUCAGGACAGUUAAAAACUUUUCUCCUCUUAAAACAAAGACUCCCUGCUUGCCUGAAAGCGUAUUUAUUAAUAUUAACAUGUAGAAACAUCAGGAGUUUCAGUCUGUAUUUACUGCAGCUUCAGAGAACACAAGAAAAUAAAGAAAAAAUCUUCACUACUGGGACGCGCACAUGUACUAUGCACUUAUAACUACAGAAAACACACUCACAGAGAUGCAGGAGUUUCCAGGAGACAGAGAAAACUGACAAAUAUGUCAACAACUUGUCAUUGAUUUUGAAAAAUCAGGUAAUAAUGUUCACUUUAGUUUUAAUUCUAAUAUUAUUGGAGAUAUUUCUCUAAUUACAAGUUAAAAGUCCAGCUCAUCUGUUAUCAAUUUAUCUGCUGGUGUUUUUUCUAAAUGUGACAAACUGAAGAUAUUUUCUCCAUGUUUGUCUUUUUACUUGUGUUUUCUGAAGUUGCAGAGACGUUUUCCACACAUUCACAACAUGCAACAAGAUCAGUAAAGUUAAAUUAAUAUUUGAAAUAUUUGAAACACAAACCUCACUUUGAGCCUCAAAAGUUCUCGUCCUGGACAAUAAAAUCCUUAUAGUUUUUGAAAACGCUUGAUAUUUAAACCAAAUACAGAUCCUCUAGACUGAAAAACCAAAAUCUGGAGGCUGCACAUUUUCUGAAUGAAAACUCAUUUUAUGUGUUAAAUCACUUCCAGGCUGUUAUUUAAAAAAAAAAAUGUGUGUGUAAAUAAUUUAAGUGAUGCAAUAAGAACUGUGGGUAAAAUUGUUAAAUGUCUCAAAGAGAAUUUCUAGGAGAUUUAACUGAUGGAUAAAAACCAAAGAUCUUUACAUUUUGUUCAUUAAGAGUUACAUUUUAAAAUUAAAGCAGGAGACUUUUGAAGAAUCUUUACCAAAAAAUUUCUAAGAAAAAUUAUAUUUAUCCUUUUAAAAACAUUUUGUUAAAAAAAAAUGUAAAUUGAGAUUGAAAUCUCAUUUUUGGCAAAUCAGUUUCUCCACAAGGUCCUUUUUGAUUGUCUCACACAGUUUUCCUCAGUAGAAGGAAUUUUCCCAGGUCUCAUGGAAAAUUUCCAAGGUCAAGUCUAAAGUUUAAGUUUCAGUUUUCAGGCCUUAAAUCUGAUCAUAGAAAUGGAUGUUUGGUUUUUGUCAACUUUUGAAAAGUGUUGUGUGUGUUUGUGAUGAACCAGUGUCAAACCUGCUCUGUUCCCUGCACAGAAAAGUCCUUGAAAGUAAUUGAAGAGUUUGAGAAGUAAGUGUGAGUGUUUCAUGUCACAGUGUCACACAGUUCAACUACACAACACGAUCACACGUAAAUCACUAAUGUGGUACAAAACUGUCAGACACAAUGUCACCUGCCACUGCUUCACGUGUGUGUGUGUGUGUGUGUGUGUGUGUGUGUGCGUGUGCGUGUGUAUGUGAGUAUGUGUGUGUGUGAUAGAUUAUAGGAGUUUGUUAGUUUCUGUACAGUGGUGAUAUAUUUUGCACUUUGAGGUGUUUGUGGUUUCAGUCCAGGUGCUGACCUCAGGUCAGGUAGAAAAAAAAAAAAGCUGUUUGACGAGGACUCUGUUUUAACUUAAAGAGAGAGAUGAACAUUUUACAGAAAUAUUAAAUAGAAGAUUGAAUGUGUUCCAGGUAUAAUUAAUAAAGGUUUUUAAUAAAGAACAAGAGUAUUUUAA